CCCGUGCCCUGCUGGCAGUUAAAAGCUUGGAUGCAAGUAAAACCAGAUGGAAUCUUAUCUGCCUGCACCCGAGUGCCUACGUGCAGACAGCCAGCAACGGCACUGCAUUUCCCGCGCAGCAAAUUCAGGGCCUUUCACCCGGUCAAGGUGUCACACAGAGGCCAUGGUUCCCUACAGCAUCCCCUUCUCCUUUCCUCAUGUCUCCGUGGUGGCACAAAAGCAUCUGGUGAUACUGGUGUGGCAGAGGGGUGCUCAGCACAUAUUGGAUGUGCUGAGAUAUUAGAAACUGCCUUGUUUCACCUCCAGUGCCACAUAUCCAUGGGGGCACACGAAUGCUUUUUAAGACAGAAGGAGGAAAAUGUGAUGUAAAUGCUUCAGGAAGACAAUGGUCACAGCCACGUUUAAUCUCCCGGGGACAGCUGGGUGCUUACUCAGCUGGGAGGCAGUGGCUGAUGAGAGCUCUGCAUGUCCCAAAGCCUCUGGUGGGGAGCAAAUGGGACAGAGUGGGAGUAGAGACGGAGAUAUUGGAUCGUGGGGUACAGCUGCCAAACCUAUUUUUGAGUCUUUUUGCAGGAAAAAAGCGCACCACCAACCCUCCCAUAGAUCACAACCCUGGUAGCUGGGAGCCACCACAAACCCCAGGGUGGCACCAUAGCUGCUCAGGGCAGACAGAAGGGUGAGACCCCCAGUGUCUCUCCAAUGUCCCCCCUCUCAUUAUCCCCUACAUUCCUCCUCAUAUCCGCCUUGUCUCCAUCCAAUGUUCCCUAACACCCUUCUCAGGUCCUUGCCACAUCCCCCUGCUCCUUCCCUGUCCCCAACACGAGCUCCUCCUUGCCCUGCACGUUACCUCCUUGUCUCCUGAUCUCCCUCCCAACACCUAUUCUUGUCCUAUCUAGUGUUAGUCCAAAGUACUCCUUCUUUUCCCCAUCACAUCUCUCUCUGUCCCCUGCUGUCUAACCCAGUGUUCACCCUUGUCCCCACCAUGUCCCUCCUUGUCCUCUGGUAUCCACCCCCGUCCCCAUCACGUCCCACCUUAUCCUCCGGUGUCCAGCCUCAGUGCCCAUCCCAUUCCCACGAUGUCUCACCCUAUCCCCACCAUAUCCCUCUCCAUCUCUUAAUGUCCAACCCCAGCGUCCACCUCUUUCCCCAUCACAUCCCUUCUUGUCCCAACCUUGUCCCUCCUUGCCUGCCUUAGUCAUGUCACUGCAGGGCGGGGCAGAGGGGACACGGGGACGUGCAGUCCUCCCCACGGUCCGUGCCGCACCCUUAAAUGUGCGGUGCUGACAUGCGCGGCCACAGACGCAGCAGCGGCGGCAGCAUAGGGAGCAGCCCCACAUCCGUUAUUGCCAGCGGCUCCUUUCUUAGCUCCCUAACCCCGCCGUGGGGUGAAGCGUCGGCCAUGACGGAGAGCCUGGUUCUAUCCCCAGCCCCAGCCAAACCCAAGCGGGCGAAGGCGUCGCGGCGCUCGGCAUCGCACCCCACCUACUCGGAGAUGAUCGCGGCGGCCAUCCGUGCGGAAAAGAGCCGCGGCGGCUCCUCGCGGCAGUCCAUCCAGAAGUACGUGAAGAGCCACUACAAGGUGGGCCAGAACGCCGACCUGCAGAUCAAGCUCUCCAUCCGGCGUCUCCUGGCUGCCGGCGUCCUCAAGCAGACCAAAGGGGUCGGGGCCUCCGGCUCCUUCCGCUUGGCCAAGAGCGACAAGGCCAAGAGAUCCCCAAGGAAGAAGAAGAAGGCUGUCAGGAGGUCCACGUCUCCCAAGAAGGCGGCGAGGCCCAGGAAAGCCAGGUCACCGGCCAAGAAGCCCAAAGCCACCGCCAGGAAGGCCAGGAAGAAGUCGCGGAGCCCCAAGAAGGCCAAGAAGCCAAAGACUGUUAAGGCCAAGUCACGGAAGACCUCCAAGACCAUGAAGGUGAAGCGGUCGAAACCCAGAGCCAAGUCUGGUGCCCGGAAAUCGCCCAAGAAGAAGUGAGCAGCCUGGGGGCUUUACCCAGGCUCUCACCAUUGGUUUCUGUAAAUAGCUUUUGCCUUUAUUUUUACCUCUUUCUGUUUGCAAAUUUUAUAAGUUGAUGUAUUUCUAACAGCUAAAACAAGGCAACGAAUGAAAGAAAAAAAAAA